UGCGCGUCAGAGGAGAAUCGUGUGGAACGUCUUUCAGGCGGUUUGAGCUGUCAGUAAUUACAGAAAGAUGAAUCAUAACGCCUAAAUAAUCACAGAAGAGGAUUUCCCUUCCUUUCUUACAGCAGGAAUGAGAAGGCAGACGGCUGCGGAUUGUUAAAGGCGCUGGGUGCUGCUUGUUUUGGUUCGCUGAGGCCGGUGUGUUGUGUUUCAGUGCCGCAAUGAUCCGGUUGGCUCUGCUCCGCUCGCUCGUGUCCCGUCACACCGGACCGGCUCUGCUGCACCGGAGGCUUCUCGGUACACACCGGCGCAGGAUCAAACCAGAGCAGCUGGAGCUUCCCAACCAGGCGCGGGAGUUCGUGUACGGCCUGAGCCCGGCGAACCGGAGCUGCUUACUGAAGGAGCUGCAGGACUUCCAGUCCCAGACCCAAGGCUCAGAGGACUCGUCUCCCCCGACCUCAGCUCAGCUCAGAUACAUUCUCCUGCACAACGCCAUUCCCUUCAUCGGCUUCGGCUUCCUGGAUAACGCCAUCAUGAUCGCCGCCGGCACUCAGAUUGAACUGUCCAUCGGAUUGACACUGGGAAUAUCCACCAUGGCAGCGGCGGCUCUGGGGAACCUGGUGUCUGAUCUGGCUGGACUCGGUUUAGCAGGUUACGUGGAGGCUCUGGCUGCACGCUUCGGGAUGCAGAUUCCUGAUCUCACACCCAAACAAGUGGAUAUGUGGCAGACCAGAGUCACCUCACACAUGGGUAAAGCCAUCGGCGUCGCUAUCGGGUGCAUUCUGGGAAUGUUUCCGUUGCUCUUCUUAAGCGAUGAUGAGGAGGAGAAGAAGAAGAAGAUGAAGAACCAUCCAAACCCCAAAUGACAGGCUUUUCUAUCUGCAUUACAUCAUUUAUAUUGGCUAAGUGAAGAAAAACAAGCAAAAGAGCAAAAGUUCAUCCAGUAAACAUCAUCAGAGUAACAAAACGAUCAUUACACGAGUAGAGCGUAGCUAUUAGAGUUAGUCAGUAGUUCAGACUUUAAUCUAGAGAUGAAGACUAGAUGUUUUAAUGAGCAUGAGUUGAGUUUCUCUUUAUCACUAACACGUUUUUAAAGGCCUGUUCACGGCACGAACCAUAACUCUAACCAUAGAACACUCACAUUUAACACUUGAUAACAACAGGAAGAUGCUGUUAAUGAUGAUUAUGAGUCUAAUCCAGCAGCAGCAGCUCUACUGAUUCCUGAUCAAUCUUGUGAUAGUUCUGAUUCCUGUAGUGAACCAGCCUCUCUAUCUUUCUGUUGUUUGCACUAAUAUCUUGACUGGUUUCCUGUUCCUGUAGAUUUAGCAGCAUGUUUUUGUGUGGAAGCGUUUAGUGAAGAAUGAAGUUUUAGUUUAGUUUGAAGAGACCGUCGUCCAGGAUUGACUGAAACUCACUGGAGAUGAAUGUUCUCACACCGUCUUCUGCUGUGAGUUAAUCUUGGACGCUGUUAUACUCACAUUAUUAUCAAUAUGAUUUCAACUGGAAUUAGAUUUAUGCUGAACAGCACAAGCCUUUUAACACUGGGUCAUGAGUACGAGACUUUCCCAUCAUGCAUCUGAGACGUGGAGCCCUCGUGCAUCAUGGGUUUCCUCAGAAAUCAUCACAGUUCACUUGUGUUUUAAUCAGUUCUGCGUCCGGUUUCUGUGGCUCUUAAAAUGCUUAAAAAUUAACUUUUUCAUUAAUUAAGGCCAGAGAGUGGAAAGUCUUAAAUGCGUACAUUCAUGGGUUUAAAUGUUGCAUGCAUUGCAUGUCUUGUUUUCAAGUACAAAUAUCAAGAAAAAACAUUUACUGGAGACACUAAAUGGGAAUUAAGUCCGGUUUCCUUUGAAAUCGAACAAAAUUACGUUGUUCCCUUUGAUUAAUUCAUUUUUUCUGAGCAUUGGCAGAUAUUUGUUCUCGUCGUAUCUUUAGACAUUUGCUCUGCUUCAAGACAGAAGUACUGAGGAAGAGCAGCGGUUUAUUGUAAAUGUUUAGUUACACUCUUCCUUUAAAGAAUGAAAAGUAAUGGAGAUCUGUUAAAAGUUGUGUUUUCAAACUUUGAAGUGUUAUUCAUUUUAAAUUUAGAAACGUUAUUAAUAUUUUAUGUUACAUUUAGUUUAUCACUUCACUUUUUCUUAUUUACCUUCAUAAAAUCAUCAGAAAGCCUGUGCUUGCUAAUGUGCAUUACUCAAAUUAAAUACAUAUUUAUUUUUCUUUCCAUUGUGCCAAGUUCUAAUCACUCCAAUCCAAGUCAUAGAGCGUGAAUGAGUGAUUGACAGUCACAUAAGAAUAAAAAUAAAUACAUUUAAAAAAUACUAAAAAUAAAAUUCAUUAUUUAAAAAAAUAUAUAUUCACUUAAAAUAAAACUAAACACUAAAACUAUAUAUAUAUAUAAUAUGACUAUGCACAAUAUAUUUUUUCACUAAAAUGUAACAAAGUUAUUAAAGCUAUUUCAACAUUUCUCAUUUUGCUUAGUUAAAGCUUAACGAAAACAAAGAAAUUAUAAAAAAAAAAGCACAACAAAGUCACUAAAACUUCAACUGAAAAUGUAAAAUAAAUAUUAAAAUAAAAUACUGAAUCAUUCAUCAAUCGAGUAAAUGUCAGAAUGCUUGCUACAGAUGCAAAAAGCAGAAUAUGGAACCUGAUCCCAGUUAUUUAUGUAUUUAUUAAUGGAGGAGGAUUCGGAGGCAGUGUGUAAACGUGAUCAUCGUAUUUAUUUUGAACUCUGUGAAAGACCUUCAGUACGUUGUAACAGCGGUGCGUGUGAAUGUUAGUAAUGCUCUCCGUCCUGAAGGAAACCCAUGAUUCCUGCGGGUUCAGAGGUCGACUCAGGAGUGCCUCCCUGUAGCGCUGUAGCAGAUGAUUCCUGAUGUGCUCUAAUCACAUUCAUGGACAGUGGCAUGCCAAAGUUCGGGAACCCGUUGCAGAAU